UGGCGAGCUGCGCUGGCUGGAGCUCUCUCUCUCUCUCACACACACACGCACUCUUGCUCUUGCUCUUGCUCUCCUGACUUCUAGCUCUUCUCGCUUGAAGCUGCUUACCGCUGCUCUUUCAAAGUACCAUCAUGUCGGAGGGCCAAUCGGACAUUGCCCUGAUUGGGCUGGCUGUCAUGGGCCAAAACUUCAUCCUGAAUAUGAACGACCACGGCUUCAAGGUCACGGCUUACAACCGCACCACCGAGAAGGUGGAUCGUUUCAUGGCCAACGAGGCCGCCGGCACCAAUGUCGUCGGCGUUCACUCCAUUGAGGAGAUGGUCAAGUCGCUCAAGCGCCCGCGUCGUGUCAUGCUCCUGGUCAAGGCCGGCGACGUUGUCGACAAGUUCAUCGAUGCCAUUGUGCCUCAUUUGGAGAAGGGCGACAUCAUCAUUGACGGUGGCAACUCGGAAUACGUCGACUCCAACCGUCGCUGCAAGGCCCUCGAAGAGAAGGGCAUUCUUUUCAUCGGCACUGGUGUCUCAGGCGGCGAGGAAGGUGCCCGCUAUGGCCCUUCCUUGAUGCCCGGUGGUCACCCCGAUGCCUGGCCCCACGUCAAGGACAUUUUCCAAGCCUGUGCCGCCAAGGCGGAUGAUGAGCCUUGCUGCGACUGGGUCGGCAAGGAAGGCGCCGGCCACUACGUAAAGAUGGUGCACAACGGCAUUGAGUACGGUGACAUGCAGCUGUGCUGCGAAGCAUAUCAGCUGAUGAAGGAUGCCCUUGGCAUGUCCUGCAAGGAGAUGAGCCAGGUCUUUUCCGAGUGGAACAAGGGCGAGCUUGACUCUUUCCUGAUUGAAAUCACUCGCGAUAUUCUCGCAUUCAAUGACACUGAUGGCGAGCCACUGCUGGAGAAGAUUCUGGACAAGGCUGGCCAAAAGGGCACUGGCAAAUGGACCGCCAUCUCUUCGUUGAGCCUCGGCAUGCCUGUUACCUUGAUUGGCGAGUCUGUUUUUGCGCGCUGCCUCAGUGCACUCAAGUCGGAGCGCACCCUGGCGAGCAAGCACCUGCAGGGCCCCGCCGAGCGCCGCUACAAGGGUGAUAAGGAUGAGUUUGUCGAGCACAUCCGCCAGGCCCUGUACGCCUCGAAGAUUGUCUCCUAUGCCCAGGGCUUUAUGCUCAUGCGCGAAGCUUCCAAGGAGUUUGGCUGGGAGCUCAACUACCCGGCCAUCGCCCUCAUGUGGCGAGGUGGCUGCAUCAUUCGCAGCGUCUUCCUGGGCAACAUUCGGGAUGCUUUCAAGAAGAACCCCGAGUUGACCAACCUGAUGCUGGAUGACUUCUUCGCGGCGGCCCUCCACCGCUGCCAAGAGUCUUGGCGCAUUGUUGUAUCGCAGGCUGCUCUUUUGGGCAUCCCCACACCUGCGUUCAGCACCGCCUUGGCCUUUUAUGAUGGUUACCGCUCGGAGCGCCUGCCGGCCAACCUGAUUCAGGCACAGCGCGACUACUUUGGUGCGCACACCUAUGAGCGCCUUGAUGAUCCUGGAAACUAUGUCCACACCAACUGGACUGGCCGCGGUGGUGAUGUUGCCUCCUCCACCUAUAAUGCAUAGUUAUUGUCUCCGAGACGUCCCCCCUCCCCCACCCCCAGCCCACUGCAUGAUCUUAUUCAAGGGUUGAUGCAUCGUCUUUUUGGUUCGCUCGCCAAGAAAUGAUGACAAUGUCAUCUGCUGUUGGCUGCCAAACUUGUCUGUUGCUUGUCUAGGAUUUUUGUCAGCAUUUCAAUUGCAUCCUAAAAAC